AGGGAGCGAGAACAGGGGUCUCAGUUCCUAGAGAGUCCCCUCGGAGGGAGAAGAAGCGGAAGCCUAGAUUCCUAGAGAAGCAGGAAAAGUGUUCGGAAAGGCCAGGUGUUAGUGGGAGAGAGAAGCCCAGUGGUUGCAGCAGGAGAGGACUGAAGAGAGAGAGAGAGAGGAAGGAACUGAGAGGCACAAAUGUUCCUGACCCUCUUACCUUCACAACAACCCAGUGAGGUAGGCACAAGAGAGGGACCAUGAAGACCACAGACUAACCUUAUGACCAUCCAAAAAGGCAGAAACAUCCCUGUCAGGAAAGAGAUGGAGGAACCAAAACCAGUUGGUCCUGGAGGAAGAAAAGGACACGAAGACCUCAGUGCUGAGAGCAGUGGGGGAAUCCAGGGGUCCAUGAGAGAGGAGCUUGCCAGCUCAGAGACGCAAUGCCAGGGCUUCAGACAGUUCUCCUACAAGGAGGGAGAGGGACCCCGAGAGGUUUGCAGCCGACUCCACCAUCUCUGCUGUCAGUGGCUGAAGCCAGAGCGACACACAAAAAAUGAGAUCCUGGACCUGGUGAUCUUGGAGCAGUUCCUGAGCAUCUUGCCCCCAGAGAUGGGGAACUGGGUCAGGGAAUGUGGGGCAGAGACCUGCUCCCAGGCGGUAGCCCUGGCAGAGGGUUUCCUCCUGAGUCAGGCAGAGGCAGAGAAGAAAGAGAAAGAGCAGAAGGUCAAAACCCUCUUGUUGGAAAUUCACUCUGAAUUCCCUGCAGCAGAGAAGGCCCCUUUGGAUCCCAGGCAGAGUCCCAGAUGGAGGGCAGUCGAGGAGGAGGGUGACGGAGGGGGGCCACUGAAAGAGGCUGGAAUGAUCCCACAAACAAGGACUCCAUCGCCACUUCCUCUUUCCAGUGGAGCAGAACCAGAUCAGAGCCUGUUGACUUUUGAGGAGGUGGCCGUGUCUUUCUCCCCGGAGGAGUGGGCCCUACUGGAUCCAGAACAGAAAGCCCUGCACAGGCAGAUCACAGCAGAGAUCUCUGGGAUCAUGGACUCUCUUGCAGAAGACUGGAGAAAACCCUAUGUAUGUGCUAAGUAUGGGAAGAGUUCUAGGCAAAAACUGGAACUUACUAAGCAAGUUCAACCAUCAGAAGAGGAAAGUUACAUCAGAGAGAAACCCUACAAACAAAAUGCAUCUGGGAAAUGUUUUCCUCAAAAUAUGGCAUUUGUGCCUUGCAAGAGGCCUCAUUCUCUAAAGAAACACUUCAGGUGUAAAAUUUCAUGUGUGAAAGGUUUUGGUUCUAAAUUGUACAGUGUUAAUUAUCAAGAAGCCCACACAGUAAAGAAACCACACAAAUGCCAGCAUUGUGGGAAAGGGUUUGCUUACACGUCGGAUCUUGUGAGGCAUCAGAGAGUCCACACAGGAGAGAAACCAUACAUAUGUCAUCUGUGUGAGAAAGGUUUUGUUCGCAGAUCAGUCCUUGUGAAGCAUCAGAGAACGCACACUGGAGAGAAACCACACAUAUGCCAGCAGUGUGGGAAAGGGUUUGCUUACAAGUCAGAUCUUGUGAAACAUCAGAGAGUGCACACAGGAGAGAAACCAUACAUAUGCACUCAGUGUGAGAAAGGUUUUGCUUACAAGUCAGAUCUUGUAAGGCAUCAGAGAGUGCACACAGGAGAGAAACCAUACACAUGCCAGCAGAGGAAACCCUCUGCCAGUGGCACCGCCUGGGAGCAGGUCUCUGCCCCACAUUCCCUGACCCGUUCCCCAUCUCUGGGGGCAGAUGCUCAGGAACUGCUCCAAGAUCACCGGUCCAGGAUCUCAUUUUUUGGUUGGGUCGCUCUGGGCUUGCAGCCACGUGACGCAGAGAUGGUGGAGUCGGCUGCAAACCUCUCGGGGCCCUCACUGUCUUUGAACAUGCUUCUCUUGCAGGACGCCUCGGAACUUGUACUCCUCUUCCCUCCCCGAUCGCUGCAUGUCUGGAGGAAGGAGGCACUUGACCCAGAUGCAAAGCAGUUCUUUGUUGCACCUGUUUUCCAGCGCAUGAUGGCAGAAAAUCAACUCUGGCAGGUGAGGAAGUGGGAGAGGGAGCAAGUUGCUGAUAAGCUCAGGCAGCCCACCUUCAGCCCUGAUGUGCGGCCUCUCCUCAGCUGUUCCCUCACCUUCUGA